AUUCAACAGUUAAAAACUCAUGUAACCAAAGCUUUACAUCGGCCGACACACCACUGGUCCAUAUGGUGGCGGCCGGCAGCGCAGGCUUUGUCUCGUGUACGGCCACUAAUCCCAUUUGGUUUGUCAAGACUCGACUCCAAUUGGAUCAGAGCAAAUACGGGGCAAAAACUGCCUGGAAUUGCAUUAAAGACAUAUACAGACAAUCAGGAGUCAUCGGCUUUUAUAAAGGCAUUACUGCCUCUUAUUUCGGAAUCAGUGAAACGAUUAUACAUUUUGUUAUUUACGAAUUCAUUAAAACAAAGCUAACGGAAAUACAGGUGCGGCGCCCACACCAGUCCGAACGAACGACUGGCUUAUAUUUUGUACAAUAUAUGGCUGCCGGUGCCGUCUCUAAGUCAUUCGCAUCCAUACUGGCCUACCCUCACGAAGUGGCGCGGACUCGACUCCGAGAAGAAGGCAACAAAUAUCGGAGUUUUAUUCAAACUUUAUAUCUCGUAUGGCGUGAAGAGGGAGUCAAGAAUGGUUUAUAUCGA